AUGACAGGAUAUUACAAGCCUAUCAAAAACCAGCAAUACAAAGCAACAGAAAAAGAAACAAAACGAGCAAUAUACCUCCGCAACUCAACCAAUGAAAACCCAAACCAAACAAGCCAAACACACCCCAAAACAGAAAGCGCGCCCAAAACUUCCUCUCCUCAGGCGCCAUCCCCACCAAUGCUGCGUUUCUUUGCUACACACGACGGGCUCACGCCCGUCCUCAACGGAAUCCUGGGUCAAGCCCAGGAGUCCAACGAGAACCCUUGCAAAUGA